GCAAGGGUCCUCCUCUCCCAGUACAUCCCAGUACGUCCCAGUACCCCCCAGCAAUGCUUCUCCUCUCCCAGUACGUCCCAGUACGUCCCAGUACGUCCCAGUACCCCCCAGCAAGGCUCCUCCUCUCCCAGUACGUCCCAGUACAUCCCAGUACCCCCCAACAAUGCUUCUUCUCUCCCAGUACAUCCCAGUACACCCCAGUACGUCCCAGUACGUCCCAGUACCCCCCAGCAAUGCUUCUCCUCUCCCAGUACAUCCCAGUACGUCCCAGUACCCCCCAGCAAGGCUCCUCCUCUCCCAGUACAUCCCAGUACACCCCAGUACAUCCCAGUACCUCCCAGUACAUCUCAGUCCAUCCCAGUACCCCCCAACAAUGCUCCCCCUCUCUCAGUACAUCCCAGUACACCCCAGUACAUCCCAGUACAUCCCAGUACCCCCCAGCAAGGGUCCUCCUCUCCCAGUCCAUCCCAGUACAUCCCAGUACACCCCAGUACCCCCCAGCAACACUUCUGCUCUCCCAGUCCAUCCCAGUACAUCCCAGUUCAUCCCAGUACCCCCCAGCAAGGCUCCCCCUCUCCCAGUACAGCCCAGUACAGCCCAGUACCCCCCAGCAACGCUCCUCUUCUCCCAGUCCAUCCCAGUCCAUCCCAGUAUGCCCCAGUACACCCCAGUACGCCCCAGCAAUGCUCCCCCUCUCCCAGUACCUCCCAGUACAUCCCAGUACGUCCCAGUACCCCCCAAUACAUCCCAGUACAUCCCAGUACCCCCCAACAAUGCACAUCCUCUCCCAGUACAUCCCAGUACAUCCCAGUACAUCCCAGUAUGUUCCAGCACGCCCCAGUCCAUGCCAGUACGCGCCAGUACCCCCCCCAGCAAUGCUCCCCCUCUCCCAGUACAUCCCAGUCCACCCCAGUAUAUCCCAAUACAUCCCAGUAUAUCCCAAUAUAUCCCAGUACAUCCCAGUACCCCCCCAGCAAUGCUCCUCCUCUCCCAGUACAGCCCAGUACAUCCCAGUCCAUCCCAGUACCCCCCAGCAAGGGUUCUCCUCUCCCAGUACAUCCCAGUACACCCCAGUACAUCCCAGUACGUCCCAGUACAUCCCAGUACGUCCCAGUACCCCCCCAGCAAUGCUCCCCCUCUCCCAGUACAUCCCAGUACAUCCCAGUACGUCCCAGUACGCCCCAGCAAGGCUCCUCCUCUCCCAGUACAUCCCAGUACAUCCCAGUACACCCCAGUAAUGCUUCUCCUCUCCCAGUACAUCCCAGUACACCCCAGUACAUCCCAGUACAGCCCAGUACCCCCCAGCAAGGCUCUUCUUCUCCCAGUACAUCCCAGUCCAUCCCAGUAUGCCCCAGUACACCCCAGUACGCCCCAGCAAUGCUCCCCCUCUCCCAGUACGUCCCAGUACAUCCCAGUACGUCCCAGUACCCCCCAGCAAGGCUCCUCCUCUCCCAGUACAUCCCAGUGCA